AUGCAGAAACUCGUCAAGCGAGCCGCCCAGGCCCAGCGCCAGGCCGGCCGCCGGGCGCGACAGCGGGUCGAGCAGGAGGCCAUCGACCACCGGAUGCGCAACCGCCAGGCGCUGCGGAGCGCCGUCUCCGAGGUCAGGCAGAACCUCAAGGACGCGAGGCGGGCGAGACAGGAGGACUGGGAGAUGGGGCCCCUGGCGCCCAAGCGCGACCUGGGCUUCAACAACUACGGCGCCUUCAGGGAGAACGUGCGGCAGGACUGGUCCAACUACGGCCUGCACCAGCCCCCGCCAAAGGUCGUCGAGCAGCGCUGCGCCUGGGCCGGCGGCGUGAAGCAGCUCAACCUCGCGCCGCAGGACCGGGUCGUCAUCCUGGACGGGCCCGACAAGGGCAAAAUCGACAGGAUCAAGGCCGUCCAGGCGGAGAACGGCACCGUCACCCUGGAGACGCACCACAGGGCGCUCGCAGUCGGCAUGUUUGACAGCCCUGCGCGGUCACAAGCGAUGCCCAUAUCCGUCGGUUCGAUCCGGCUCGUCUACCCCAUACGCAACCCCGAGACGGGCGUCACCCGCGACGUCGUCAUCAACCAGCUAAAGGCCGUGCCGCCAAACAUGCAGUCCGAGAACAUGACGCUGGACCGCUGGGAGUACGGCAACAAGUGGGACCGCGUGGUGCCGGGCAUCAACGUGGUGAUCCCCUGGCCCGAGGUCGAGGCGCCCGAGUACGAGGCCAUGCCCGCCGACACGGUCCGCGAGCAGGUCGAGGACCGGACAUUCUACUACGGCCUGCUGGCCCCGCCCAUGCCGGAAAAGGUGGUCGACGAGCUGCGAAACAAGUACUCGAGGUUCCGAACGAGACACGAGCCCUGGUACGUCGAGCAGAAGGAGAUGGAGGAGGAGAUUAUGGCGGGACGGGACGAGGCUCUCCGAUCGAUGCAGACGCCGCUGGAAGAGUUCCACGAGAUGCAGCGGGAGAUUCGCGACUCCCAGGGCGAGCCGGAGCUCAGCGAGGAGAUGCUGGAGAAGCUCGGCCAGAUUAUGGCGCAGAAGAAGGCGGCGGCGCUGGAGCAGGCCGGCGUGUCCGAGGUCCCGGAGGGUACGUCGCCCGCGCCCGGGUCUCAGUGA